AUGGCCGACACGCCAAACAUCACUCCAGAGGAGCUGGAGGAUCUAAGAGAAGCCUUUGCUAAAAUCGACACUGACGGCAAUGGCUUUCUCAGCAAAGGAGAAAUCAACGAUCUUUUCCGGGCUGCCAACUUGGGUCUGCCAGGUUUCAGGGUCCGCGAGAUAAUUGAGGAGCUGACCAGCACCAGUGAAAAGCUCACCUUCCAGCAGUUCACUCAGAUCGUUCAAGGCCUAAAGAGUACCGAAGUGGGCAAGACUUUCCGAAAGGCCAUUAACAAGAAGGAAGGGAUCCGAAACGUGGCCGGAACCUCGGAGCAGGCCGGAACACAGCACUCAUACUCGGAGGAAGAGAAGGUAGCAUUUGUGAACUGGAUCAACAAAGCUCUGGAGAAAGACCCCGACUGCAAUCAUGUCCUGCCUGCCGAUCCGGACACUGACGAGCUUUUCACGGCCGUAGGAGACGGAAUCAUUCUCUGUAAGAUGAUCAACCUGUCCGUGGAGGACACCAUAGACGAACGCACCAUCAACAAGAAGAAGCUGACCCCCUUCACCAUCCAGGAGAACUUGAACCUGGCCCUCAACUCGGCCUCGGCCAUCGGCUGCCACGUGGUCAACAUCGGCGCCGAAGAUCUGAAGGAAGGUCGUCAGCACCUGGUUCUCGGUUUGCUGUGGCAGAUCAUUAAGAUCGGAUUAUUCGCCGAUAUUGAGCUCAGCCGGAACGAAGCUCUGAUCGCUCUGCUGAGAGAAGGAGAGAGUCUGGAGGACUUGAUGAAGUUGUCGCCGGAGGAGCUGCUGCUACGCUGGGCUAACUUUCACUUGGAGGGGGCCAAAGUGCCUAGGAUCAACAACUUCAGCUCGGAUAUCAAGGACUCGAGGGCGUACUUCAACCUUUUGCAUCAGGUGGCGCCCAAAGGCAAUGACAGCCUAGGACCGCCCAUCAAAAUCGACAUGAUGGGAAUCCACGAGAAAGACGAUAUUCAGCGGGCUGAGUUGAUGCUGGUGCAGGCAGAAAAAAUGGGGUGCCGCCAGUUUGUGACAGCGACAGACGUGGUCCGUGGAAACCCCAAACUCAACCUUGCCUUUGUCGCUAACCUCUUCCAUAAAUACCCCGCCCUCAAGAAACCAGACAACCAGGACAUAGAUUGGGGCUCCAUUGAAGGCGAAACGCGAGAAGAACGCACUUUCAGGAAUUGGAUCAACUCUUUGGGCAUCCAUCCUCGUGUCAAUCAUCUCUACGCCGACCUCGCUGAUGCGCUGGCCAUCUUCCAGCUGUACGAGAAGAUUAAAAUUCCGGUGGACUGGGAGCGUGUAAACAAGCCGCCGUACCCCAAACUGGGCAGCAACAUGAAGAAGCUGGAGAACUGCAACUACGCGGUGGAGCUGGGCAAGAAGGCCAAAUUCUCACUGGUGGGCAUCGGAGGCCACGACCUCCACGCCGGAAACCGGACACUCACGCUGGCUUUGCUCUGGCAGCUCAUGAGGAGGUACACGCUGAACAUCCUAGAGGACCUCGGCGACGGGCAGAAGGUCAACGACGACACAAUCGUAGCGUGGACCAAUCAGACGCUGGAAGGAGCCAAGAAAACCUCAUCCAUUUCCAGUUUUAAAGACUCCUCCAUCAGCAGCAGCAUGCCAGUUCUGGACCUGAUCGACGCCAUUCAACCUGGAUCCGUCCGCUACGACCUCCUCAAGAGAAACCACCCCGCGCCAGAAGAUAAAUUUAACAAUGCCAAGUACGCCAUCUCGACAGCGAGGAAGGUGGGCGCCCGCGUGUACGCGCUUCCGGAGGACUUGAUGGAGGUGAAACCCAAGAUGGUGAUGACCGUCUUCGCCUGCCUGAUGGCGCGUGCCAUCAAGCGAGCAUAA